AUGGAUAGUAACACACAGUCUUACAAUGGCAAUACCAAUAAAAAGGCUGAUGGCCGUUAUACGGCGGUUGGCAAUGACUAUAACCACGACAGCAGAAAAGGUGUAAAAAACACCGAAUCUUACACAGGUGGCAGCAGUCAAUCGAAGCAGACCGAGCAGGAUGAAGAAACAGACUCUAGCAACUCUGAUUCUGAUCAAGUAGAGUACAAGUUGGAGGAUGCUAGUGUACUGCUUCCCUCCUGGAAGCUACUGUGUCGCAAGAUCGAAAAGAUUACAACUCGGUUCUUUGGGGCUGCGCAGGUUAGAGAGGCCAGACGGACUUGUCAAAUGCACCAGAAUCGACGUCGACACCCCAUAGCAAUGACUAUGAAUUGGGCUGGAAUGAAUACUGCUAGAUCUGACAGGGGAUCGUCACUGAGUAGUAAUAAAAAUCAAAUCUCGACUAGCAUGUUAUUGCCAGUCACUAAUAAUCAGCCAAGAUCUAGACCGCAUGGACGGGACUCUAUCCAUCUCGAUAGCUCGACUGUUCAAAAAACUACGAUGCGACAGUUAGUAUCAAAUGACACGCUCCGUUCUGAUUCCGCCAUUCCAGAGCAUGAAGAUGAUCUCGGCAGUUUAUCGGAUGCGCAGACACCCAACGUGCAUCUCGACGUAUCUGCAGAUGGAAACACUCUUGCACAAGCAAAUGCAUAUUCAAACACUAACAACAUUUGCAUUCCUCACGGCUUUCAGCUGGUUCGAACCAUGUACCAUCAAAAUGCUUCAUUAAAAAGCAUCCUAUUCAUGGCAUUCGGUGAGGCUGAGCGAUUUGUGAGCUUCGAUACUCAGAAUGCUCAUCUAUGGCGAGGUCGAACUCAUGUUCUUAAAGUGGGUGUUCGGCAGAACAAAGAAUCCCUUCAUACGAGCGUGACUGGAAUCAAUCACUGGGUGUUUAUUCCUAAAUGGCGCAUUAUUUGCUGGCUGAGAAUCCCUACUCCAAAACCAACCAUUAGUCUUGAAUUUGUGCACAAAUACGAUGAACUUAUCGUUGGAAGCGUUGGAUCUAUUUCUAUUUGGCAGUUUCAAAAGAAUCAUGGAAGCACUGGGCCUGUCAUGUACUUUAAAGAACCUAGACUAGUUAUUUCGGAUUUUCAAAUUGAUGAAUGGGUGGCAUUUACUGCCGUGGACACAACUCGCGAGCUUCUAUAUGCUGUUUAUGAUAGCAGUUUCAAUAUAUACAACUAUAAAACUGGUCACCGCAUUGAAACAAUGAGAAAUGUGCACGAAAACUCGAUUUCUGCUGUUCUUUUUUAUGAGCCACAAAAUUAUUUUAUUACUGGAUCUAAAGACUCUACAAGCAAGGUUUGGAAUCAACAAAACUAUCUGUUGUACGAGUUUAAAGAACACACGAAUACUGUUACUGGAUUAUGUCGUGUUUUUGGAGUAGAAAAGGCAGAACAGCCAUUUAUAAUGUCUUGCUCACUUGAUAGCACCGUACGUAUGUGGAACUUGGACACGGGUUGUGAAGUCACAAAAAUGCAAACCCAAGCCGGGUGUCUAGGCAUGCAAUGGAUGCAAAAUGGAAAUUUCUGCACAUAUUCGUCAGACACCAUCAGUGUUUGGUACAUGAACAGGUUUUACAGUACAUUUACAUAUGUCAGUAAUCCUGUCAUUCGACUUGCACGAUCUGAGUUUGCGUCUGAGCCUGCUCGGAUUUUUGCUGCUUCUACUGAUGGUUCAAUCAGUCUUGUUUCUCCAAGAACAGGUGAAAGAAUUAUCAUGGCAUUUCCUGCUAUGGCAGAUACCACUCUUGUUGAUUCCAAAUACGAUUAUGCUCAAGGAACCCAAGAAAAAAUGACGUGUCUUGAUAGCCUUUUUAUUAAAAAAAGCGAGUUGGUUGUAGAAAACUAUCGAAACAAACCAAUUUCAAUCAUUCUGUUGCUCUGUGGUACUGAAAAUGGGCAAAUUGUUUACCGCGAUGUUCGUCGAAAUGGGAAACAGGAACUGCUGAUGCAGGCACAUAUUGCAGGUAUUGUUUCCAUUCAUGUAGACUCGCCUGGAAGUCGAAUAUUUACUACAUCUCGAGUUGUUUUUUUCAAAGAUGCCACAAUCAAAAUUUGGUCAAUCGAGUAUUUAGAGUCUUCAAAUGCAAACUCGACAAUUUUGGAAAAUGUUCGGCAUAAGUUGUUUAAAGGAAAAGUGCAUGUUCAUAUAGUGCAUUUGGCAAGUAUUUCAGCUGCUGCUACAGAUGGGAUUUUUACAAAAUGUUGCUAUGCUCCAAGUUUGAGAACCUUUGCAGUAUGUACAGAAAAUCAUGCUACACGGUUUUUUUCGAUUGGGCUUAACAAUACAAUCAAUGAGAUGAAGCAUCAUCCUAGUGACGAGGAUCAUAUAUCUGAUAUUACUGAUAUUUCUAAACUAGAAACACCAAAUUUUUGUAUAUUUGCAACAGCAGGCCAAGAUGGAACUGUAAAAAUUUGGGAUGGUAUGGAUAAUUGUCUAAUCAGAGAAAUGCAAUUUCCGGGUACUGCAUGGAGCAUUUGUUUUGCCAAUCCAAGAGGGGAUUUGCUUGUCGGGCUUUCUGACCAGAUUGCUCUUGUUCAAGUACACGAAUAUCUUUCUACAAAAAAUCUUUUGAAACUUUUAGAGCAAGACUGGUCUGAUGAUAUCAUUGAGAAAUCUGUUGCAUUUGAUGACAAUCUUGAUUUUUGGAAGCAUAAUUGGAAACAAGACGCGGAUGGCAAACAGACUUCAUCCAUGUGGGACUUUGAUGAUUCAACUGAUUCUACCACCUCUGAAGAGGACGAAUUGGAAAGACGGCGACGUGAAUAUAUAUCUAAUUCUGAGAAUUUAAAUUUGUUACGACUGAAUGAGCUUAUGAAUCCAAGUGAACUGCAAGAUCCAAGUACACAUGGUUAUGUUUCUUCAAACGUAUAUGUUCGUACUGCUGCCGAUGAAAUAUCGAAACGCAGAUUUUUUGAUGACGAUGGCGAGCCCUCUACCAUAUAUAACUUGCCCGAAAUGUCAUUUAAUGCAUUAAUGAGAGAAAAUGCUCGAAUAGAGCUACGUAUUGAAGAGAAUGCUAAGGAUAUUGCAGAGAUUAUCGAACGAAAUGAGCCAAAACUGAGUGUUACAGUCAAUGUUUCUAGCGAAUCUUUGGUUCAUACACCAGCCCUAAACCGUGAUAAUAAAUCAAAGCAGAAAAUCAUACAAAACGAAUUCCAACUGGCAAUCUUGCAAGCACAGAAAAACUCGGUUGAAAUCAGUAAACCUCAGUCUUUAGAAAUGCCAAGGAAAAACAUUUUAGAUGUACUAGAGCGUGCACGCGAACGAAAGGCAAAACAAGAUGACGACGAGCGUGAAAGAGUAAAACAAAUACAAGAAUUUUUGGCUGUAUCUUCAGAGCCUGCUCCAAUACUUUCUACUCCAAAGCGAGGAUGGCUAUUGGAAACUAUGAUUCGAAACGGAGUUGCUCCAAACUCUGUCUUUGCUGCAAGCGCAGAUAGGAUAAAGCAAGAAGCAUUGGAGCAGAAACAACUUAAACUCGAUAAGCAAGCAAAGCUUAUCAAGCUUGCCACCGUAAAACAAGCUUCGCGAUGGGGACAGUACAAUGACUAUUUUUCCCCAAUUGAAUUACCAAAAAAGGAGAAUGCCAACCCUGAUUAUAAACCGACCGAAAAUGUCUUAAAACCCUCAAAUUUUACAGAUAACAUACCUGUCAAGAUCAGUUUGGCUCCAGUUACGCCUGUUUUAAAAUCAAAGACACCAGUCAAAAAGACAGUUUCAAAACCAUACAAACCAAAAAACGCACCAGUUAAAUAUGUUGCACCAAAACCUUUUAAACGCACAAGUCGCUUACCAAUAAUUGUGCGACCACGCAUAAAGGCAUCCUCUCCGUUUUCAUCCAACUCUACACUAUCCACUCAUGAAGAAUCAAUUAUUGAAUCUAUGACUGAAGAAGACUUGAUUUUAAGCUCACUUGGCUCCGUAGAUAUGUUUGAAAGUGAAGCUAAAGUUGAAGAUAAUGUGAUCCAAGUAGCGACCGUGACAGUCACAGUUGUAGAUGAAAAAACGCAGCCAUCAGAAUUACAAGAGACUGCCAAUAUUUUGGAUAAAGUUGUUGCUGUAUGUAACAUUCAGGAAAAAAUUGAAGCUCCCAGCACGCCUAUUGCGCAAUCAUUUCAGCAGUACACACCAAAUAUGAAUCAGUCCAAAAUGGUGGAAGAAUGCUUUCUAAACCAACACCAACCAGAGGAAUCUCAAAUACCUUCUUUACCAAACUCAGCAGUAACCCCUACAUUUUCAAAAUCAAUCGAGAAUGUAAAACCCAAUUAUCUUUCAGUUGUGAAUUCUGAAAAAUUUGAAUAUAAUUGGCAACCAAUCGUUCAUGAGGAAGUUUCCAACGAAAUUAUAAAUAAGCUAUCAUGGGAUCUUUUCAAAACUGCACAAGUGCUAACUACCAAAGAUACUGAUUACACACGUUUGCUUGAUCGAUUUAAAAGCACUGAUUGGUUCCGUGGAAUUGGAUCUGCUCAAAUCAAUAUUACAAGCAUUGUUAAUUCGCUUUUCGAGUCUUUGCGUGAGGGGGAAAUAACUGAAAAAGUUCAAGCAGCUAAAGGACUCAUGUACAUGUAUCACACAUUUAAAGCCGACUUUAAAGAUCCAAUAAACCAGAUCGUCAACCCGCAGUUACAGCAAAUGCACGAUCCCAAUUGGCAAGUACGCACACAAAUCAUCAACAACUUGGCGUCGUACCAAAUUUUCAAUGAGAAUAUCGUGUAUGCAAUGAUUGUUGCUCUUGCAGACCCAUCUCCACAAGUGGUGGAAUCUGCUAUCAACACAUUAUCGUCAUUUGGUAUUUCUUCAACAUAUGCACUUCAGAAUGUAAUGAUGCAUUUUCAAAUGAUUCCCACAACUGUAAAAGAAUGUAAAAAUUAUAGUAACACCUUUGAAAAACUCGCAGCAGAAUAUCAGUUUACCAGACAGCAUACCGUAUCUCAUAGUAAUUCGGAUAUAAUCAAAUGGCUUGGAGAAAUUGAUAAAAGGGUUUAUGGCCAUACGUUUGCUCGACCAGACAGCUCUAUCAUAACUCUCUGUGCUCGUGCUGCAAAAUACACGAGUUCGAAAUCGCACUCGACUCGGAGUUUAAAACAAAAUACCAAAGCAUCCUCUUUACCACCAAUCCCAACUCAAUCAAACACCACAAUUUCGAUUGUCAAACGCAAGAUAUUGCCCGUUAAAGAAAGAACGGCAAGCAAACAAUCUCGUUUAUUUUCUCAUCUCAAGUAA